GCCCCAGCCCCAGCCCCAGCCCCGCCAACAUGGCUGCAGCGCCGCGUCUGCCCUUCUGUCUCCUCGUUCUACUCUUCUCCUCUGGGCCGCGGCUGGGUCAAGCGAACCGAAGCGGGGACCGGCGCUUCGCGGAGCUGAAAAGCUGCUCGGACGAGGAGUGCAGCAUGUUGAUGUACCGGGGUAGAGCUCUGCAGGAUUUCACAGGUCCAGACUGCCGAUUUGUAAAUUUCAAAGAAGGGGAAGCUGUGUAUGUCUAUUACAAAUUAGUAGGAAGAUCACCUGAACUUUGGGCUGGAAGUGUUGGCAGUGUUUUUGGGUACUUUCCCAAGGAUUUAAUUGAAGUAAAUCAUCAGUAUUCUGAACAAGAAUUAGAACUACCAACAGAUGAAACAGAUUUUGUUUGUUUUGAUGGAGGAAUGGAUAAUUUUGACAACUAUGAUGUUGAAGAUCUUUUAGGAUUUUUGGGAGAAACUGUGAGAGGCAAAGGUGAAGAUGAAUUGAACACUUCUGGAACUGAAAGCUCUGAGAAACCUACAGAAGAAAUAGAGGAGGAACAUCCUAAGAAGGUGAAUAUUGAAGAACCUCUUGAAGUAUCCAAGGAUGGCAAUGAUGAGCCUGAAACAGCAGUGGACAGCAAAGUUCUUGCAAAUUCGGAAGAAAACAGCUUACCGUCUGAAAAUACUAAGAUUCUAGAGGAAGAAUUUGAAACACAGAGGCCCCCAGUUAAUGUAAAUAGUCAUGUAGAUAAUCCUCAGGGAAACCAACCCUUCCUUGAGCCCUUAGAAGAAAUGCUGCAAGACAAAUUAAAAGUGCCAGAGAGUGAGAAUACCAAAAACAUCAACAUUUAUCAGCUUUCUAAGGACUGGGAGGAGAUUGAUGCCUAUAAACUUUUGCAAAAGGAAAUUAAUUUGGAUUUGAAAACAAAAUUUGGCUCAACUGCAGAUGCACUUGUAUCUGAUGAUGAAACAACUAGGCUUGUUACUUCAUUAGAAGAUGAAUUUGAUGAGGAAUUGGACACCGAUGAUUCCAAACUUGAGGAAGAGGACAAUGAAAGCUUUGAUGAACCACCAUUACUAACUUUUACAAAUGGAGAAGAUGGGAAAACACCAAGGAAGACAGUAGUUGAGAAAUAUUCAACAGGUGAAAAUACGGAAGGAGAUCCUGAUGAAAUAGCUCAGCUUAGGACUGAUGAAAAGAAUGAUAAAAACAUACUGAAAACCUUAGGAGAUACUAUUUUAUCUAUUGUUGGUGGAGGUGAAGAAGAAAGAGAUGCCACAGAUUUGGAUGGCUCUGAUUUAGAUGAAAAAAAGGUAGAGGAUGAUGAAAAAGUCCUGACUAGUAAAUGGGAAGAAGACAGCACUCCUUUGACUAUGGAAGUGCCUGUAACAAAUCAUGACAAAAACCUAGACGAUGCCCUUGAAAUUGGCAUGGUGACUGAAAUUAAGGAAAAAAGCGAGAGAAUACCAUCAUCCACAGAAGAAUUCAUAAAGAAUGGAAUGGAAUUAGGGGAUGAAGACAUUUUUAUAAAAAGCCCUACUCAUGAAACUGACCUUAAACUUAAUAAUCCUGCUGAAAUAAGAGAAGACACUUUAAAAUCACUCCUUAAUGACAUGGGAGAUGACCUAAAGGGAACUAUUAUUCAGCAGCCCACAAAAGGGGAAAAGUCUGGAGAGAAGGUUUUAGAUGACAACUUAGAGAGUGAUCUUGUACAUAAAACUCUCUGGAAGAAAAUGAAAGAGAAAAAUACUGAACAGAAAUCUAUAAAUAUUAAACCACUGUUAGAAGAUGAACAACAAAAUGCAUCCAAAGGAAAUGUGGAUAUAAUAGUUAUUUCAGAAAAUGAACAAGAGCAGAACAUGUAUCCAGUGAAGAUGCAAGGAAAGGAAUCCAUGCAGCCAGCUGGGCUUAAAACUCAAAAUCAAAUCAAUAUUUCUUCUGUAGAUCAAACUGAUUUAUCAAGAGACAAGGUGGAGGAGAAUCUUAUGUUGGAAGAAAAUUUAAUGGACCAGCGGGAAAAAGAUAUGAAAACUGAGAUUAGCAAGAAGCUGGAUGAAAAGAUCAGGCAUUCUGAAAGAGAGAUUCCAGAUCAACUUUCCAAAGAUGGAAGCAAAGAAAUGGAGAGCACGCAAAGUAAAGACAAAGAUAUUCCUAAGGAUGGAGAAACAAAUUAUUUCAAAGAAAACGUGGGCCAACCCCUUAUCAUAGAGACAACAGAAUUCCAGACAGAAAAGGCAGAAGCUGAAAGUGAUGACUUCUAUACAACUGAGGAUUUGUUAGAAGAUGAAAAUGCUAUUAGCGCUGCUGCUAGUGACCAGAGCAGUAGGAUAAAUGCUGAUGUGCAAAUGAGAGAAAAAGCUACUUCAGGAGUCACUAAUCUGAUUCAUACCAUGGAAGACACCAAAGAGAAAACAAGUAUGAUUUUAGAAACUGAGGGAAUAGAUAGCAGCUUGCAAGAGUCAGGCAGGACUAUGCCUAAAGAGGUAACUGCAAAGGUUGGAGAAUCUGUUAAAAUAGCUGUAGAGCAGCAAGAAAAAAAUCCCCUCAAAAAAGAUGAAAAAUCCACAUCCACUGCAGUUAGUGACUCUUUUGGCAAGGAUGAAAACCAGGCUCUAGAUUUAGUUGAAGAGACUAAUUACUUUGAAAAAGAAGAUGGUCCGAAAAACAAAAAAGACUUCGGCUACACAGAAAGGUCUUGGCCAGAUGAUUUCUCCCAAGAGGACCGUGAAUAUUCACAGAAUUUCACUGAUACAGAAAGCCAAACAAAUCAGCAAUCUGAUUCUACAGAGCUUGACGAUAACUUGGUAUAUAAAAAAGCUGUAAAGUUAGAAUAUAGUGACACAAUAAAGCAACUGCCUAUCAUUAAGGGCUUUCUUGAUGAAAAACGAGUAGAAAGAUUAGAAAAGUACCUUGGGUCUGAAAAUGUCCUCUUAAUGGAAUCCACAUUCCAUGACAUGGAAAGUAAGCUAGAGCUUACUCAGAAGGAGAGCCUGGCAUAUAAUAUGGAAAAAGCCCUGGACGAUGUCUUUCGCUCCUCAGAAUCAAACAUCCUUGAUAUGGUGGAGAAAAUGUUAGAUUCAAGAGUGGUAGAAAACAAGGAACUGGGCAUGAAGGAGAUAGACAUGUUUGAUGAAGAGGCUGCUCUGCUGGAUGAUAUUCAGGACCUGAUCUAUUUUGUCAGAUACAAACACCCUUUGGUAGAAGAGAGUGUACCACUAGCAGUUGCUGAGCCUCCAGAACGAAGUUCUGAGAUGCCUCUUCCAGUAUUUCCUGUAGAACGAAAAACAGAACCCAAAAGAGACCAGGGAAGAAAGUUUUCUGUGAAUGAAGGGGAUACGUUGGCACCAGAGGAAAACAAGAGGCCGCCAGAGAGUAUACAAAUAAAACUUCAUAAAGUGGAAGUACCAGAGGAGGAUAUGGACAUCUCAGAAAAGGAUGAUCUUUUGGAUUCAGGAGAGAUCAGAGAUAUCAGUGACUCAGAAGAUGGACUACUGGUCAAAGAGUCCUCACCAGACCAAAGUAUUGUGGAAGAUUUGGCUAGAGGAAUGAUUUCAGUAGAAGAUACUCCUUUGGAUACAAAACAACAUGCUCUUGAAAUAAUUUCCACAGAAAAAACUCCUUUAGAUACAGAACAACAUCCUCUAGGAAUGGUUUCCACAGAAGAUACUCCUUUGGAUACAGAACAACAACUCGAAACAAAUCCAGAGGUGCCACCGAUUCUUGCAGCUAUGAGGAGUGCAAGUCUUGUAGCAAAAGAAAGCAUGAAACAAUAUACUGAGAUGUAUAAAACAAACACGUGCAAAGCAACUGUGUUUGGCGCUAACAAAAAGACUCAAACAGGCCCCGUCCUCAAGGAGCUUCUAGAGGGGUGGGUGAGGAGGAAGCGCCAACAAGUGCCUAAGGCGUUGGAGCGCGUCCAUACUCUUCUGUUCCGCCCCCUGGGUUCCAGCUCUCUGAUUGGCUCUUCAAAUGGCAGUUUUUUUCUUCCGCUCCCCCUCCUAGUCUUCCAGUUGGUUUCUUCUGCCCGGACCUGGCCGGCCCCUCCCCCCUCGAACCGGUUUCCUCCGAGUGUCGCGCUCUUUGCCUGGGACGCUGUGACUGCGGCGCCAAGUGCUGACGCCAUAGUGGGAAGGGGCGGGGCCAAGACCGGCUUGGGGUCAGGUCCGGUCCGGUUGACGUGUUGUUGCUUGGGGGAGGGAAGCGAAAGGUGGCAAAGUUCACUCUCCGGGGGCUUACCGUGCUCCAGCCUCACCGCCGGGGCGAUGGAGACGGCGACCGCCCCGACUGGGCCGUCGGCCGCCACUACGGGGACCCCCGAGUUGCUGGGCCCCGUGUCCAUGUUGUACGCCGCCCUCCUGGCCAAGUUUCUGGAGUUGAUUGCUACAUUACCUGAGGAUAUUCGACCUGGUGCUGAUUUUCGUGGAAUGCCCUGGGAGCCUAUAAUUAUUACAGUCUUACUGGGAAUUGUUUCAUUUGCCGUUUUCUUCUGGAGAACUCUCCUUUCAGUGAACUCUAGAAUAGUGCCUGUGACUGAAAAACAGCUUGCUGAGAAGAUUAAAACUCUUUUACAAGAAAAAACAGAGAUUUUAGAAAAGAUGUCAGAAUAUGAUCAGAAGAUCAAAAAAGCAAAGGAGUCGGUAAAGGAAACCAAGAAACAGAAUAUUAAUCUUUCUGAUGAAGCAGCUGGCCUUAAGGAUAAAAUCAGAGGGCUUGAAGAAACAAACCAAAAACUGGAUGACAAAGUGAAAAAUCUCAAUUCAUUGUUGGAAACUGAAAAGGAACAGAAUGUAAAGAAACAGGACAUGAUAUUGGAAACUCAGAAAUCAAUAGAAAAACUACAAGAAGUUAUUACAAUGCAUUCUGUUGAACUUUCAGAGGUGCAGAUAGCCCUUAAUGAAGCUAAGUUCAGUGAAGAGAAAGUAAAGUCUGAACUGCAUCAUGUGCAGGAAGAAAAUGCACGACUCAAAAAGAGAAAGGAGCAGCUGCUGCAGGAAGCAGAAGGUUGGAGUGAGCGACACACUGAACUCAGUGAGCAAAUCAAAUUAUAUCAGAAGACUCAGAAAGAUAGUGAAGAAGCCCUUGCUUACAAAGAGAAUGAAAUUGAAGUUUUGACUAAUUGCAUUAUGCAGCUGAAACAACUUGAUCUUGAUUCUGAAUCUGAGCGCAAAAAUAACGAAGAAGGAAAUGGAUGGGAUGACUUAGCCAAUGGAGAGCUGUCAGAUAAAAUCACCUCAGAUAAUCGGAAUGAGAAGAUGAAGAGCCAGAUUAAACAGAUGAUGGAUGUCUCACGGGUUAAAACUACAUUAACAAUAGUUGAAGAAGAUAGAAACCAAUUGCAGUCCAAACUAAGUGAUGAAAUAAAAGCUCGGCAUGAAUUGGAAGAACAAAUUAAGAAGAUGGAACAUGACUCCUCUUCUCUGCAGUCAGCCAAAGCACAGUUAGAAAAUGAAUGUAAAACUCUGCAACAAAAAGUGGAGAUUCUCAAUGAACUCUACCAGCAGAAAGAGAUGGCUCUGCAGAAGAAGCUCACUCAGGAAGAGUAUGAAAGGCAAGAAAAGGAGCAGAAGCUCACUGCUGCAGAUGAGAAGGUCAGCUUGGUUGCUGAAGAAGUGAAAACGUAUAAGCAGAGAAUUCAGGAGAUGGAGGAUGAAUUACAGAAAACAGAGAGGUCAUAUAAGAAUCAGAUUGCUAGUCAUGAGAAGAAGGCCCAUGACAACUGGCUCAUUGCUCGUGCUGCAGAAAGGGCUCUUGCAGAGGAGAAGAGGGAAGCAGCCAACCUGAGACAGAAAUUAAUAGAAGUGAAUCAAAAGAUUGCAAUGCUCCAAAGACCAGUGAUUGUAAAGCCAACUCCAGGAAGACCUGAUCAUCAGAUUCCCCCACGGAGAGGGCCCCUCAGCCGAGACGGCUCUUUUGGUCCAUCCCCUGUGAGUGGUGGCGCACCCUCCCCGCCACUGAUGAUGGAACCACCUGUACGGUCAGUCUCUGCUACUCUUAACCGGAGAGAUGUACCUAGAAAUGAAUUUGGAUCUGUGGAUGGGCCUCCUCUUGGUCCUGGUCUGAGGAGGUCAUCUGAAGUAUCUGGAAGAACAUCUGCCUCUGAUUUGGGCCCUGGUCCAGUCCCUUUGAUGAAUAGUGGCCCAAGAAGCUCUUCUCCCUCAACAGUGCUGGAUGGCAUGGUUAACACUGGUCCCAAAGGCCACCCACCAUUCCCAGGAAUGCCCCUCAUGUCACCACUAGGAGGACUUGCACCACCACCUCUUCGGUUUGGACCACCUCCUCCACGAGGCCCUUAUGGGCCUCGACCUCUUCCUCCACCUCUCGUUCCUGUUGGUCCUCCACCUCCAAGCUUUCGGGAGUACUUACAUGGCCUUCCACCAGGAGCAAGGGACCUACCUCCUGACCCUCGAGAGUAUAUACGUGGACACCCACCUUUUGAACCUCUAGGCCCUCCUGGCCCAAGAGAGUACCUUCCUCCUGGCCCACGAUUACCGCCUCCAGCCCAUGGUCCAAGGGACUACCCACCUCCACCUUUUACAAGAGACUUGACACCUUCAGGUUCUAGAGACUAUGUCCCUCCUCAUCCACCUCAUGCCUCUCAAGGAAGCACACAGGACUAUAUACAGGCUCCAGAACAGAGCCCAUGACUUUAGCCUUCAAACUGAAAAAAUGGGACUGUUGGAACUUCAUACAGGUGAAAGACUUCAUUAGCUUCAAAAUAAAUUUUACUUUAAUUUCAUGAUUAGCUUCAUAUGUAGGUUUGUUUACUUUCUAUUUUUUGCAGGACAUUUUUUUUCCAAUUAAGCUGCCCCUGGCAUCAUUGUGCAUUUAUGAGCCAAACUAUUCAACCUCUCCAUAAUCUGAGAUGCAAAAAUAUAUUUUUUGCCAUGAAUGAGGACCUUUUAAGCUGUAGCUUUUUGCAGCUCUUUAAAUGUGCAAUACAAAAAUAUACCUGUGUUUUAGUUUUAUGUAAUUGAUGAUUUCAAAUGUCAUAAAUGUAAUCAGAACAUUUCCUGUGGAAAUACUUUAUUAAAAAAGGUUAAGCACUAUCCCUACUGCCUCAUUUUCCCUAUUAUUUUGUUAAACUGUUGUUAGUGUAGACCAUUCUGCAACAUACAUAUAUAUAAUAUAGUUAUUACGAAGGGACUGUGUGGAUAAACUUGAUUCUUUUUAAAAAGAUCUGGUCUUGAAGUCCAAGAGUAUAAACAAUUAAUCCUAAAAAAAUUUACUAAUGUAGUAAAUUAUUCUUCCCCUUCCGGGACUCUUGGGAAGAUGAUUAUUUUAUUAGUGCUGUAUAAACCAUCAUCCAAAGAAAAAAUUUUGUUAUUUCCAAGUAAUUCAAUUGGUUGAAAUGUUGAGAUUAAAUUCUAGCGUUAAGAUUCAAUUCAAUAUUGUGGCCUUUUGGAAAUGUGAGGGUCUAGCAGUUAAGGAAUGAUUUAAUAUAGGUUUCAAAGGUGUGGAUACUUAUCCCCAUUUUAAGACCCACCCAUCUGUGUUGCUUUUAUCCGAUGCUUCCUAAUAUUGCCUACUUCAAACAGGCUAAUAACAGCCAUCAUUGAAGUAAGAGUAUAAAAGUAAUUUUGGACUUAGCUGGCAAAAUUAUAAAGGAAAAUUCAAAUUAAACUAUUAAAAGUUUUAUUUAAGCUGAGAUAGGCUUUAUCUUCUCUCCCAUAAUCAAUAUAUUGCAAAAACCUCACUUGUGUUAAGAUAGAAUUUGAUUUUAAUCUAAGUGUGGAAUUCAUUUUCUUCCUGAACAUCCCUGAAUAAUAAAAAAGAACACAACUGUGUAUUAUUGCAAUUUAAAUAUUUCUUCCACAGUGAAGGCUGUUACAUAAAGGGCAUAGAAGUUGUUCUUAACAUGGUUAAGACAUUAAGGUGGACAAGACUUAUCAAUAUCCUUUGAAUUUAUUUGUAUUUCUUUUUAUAAAAUUGAAAAUAAAGAUUUCUCUGCAAACUGUCCUCUUCUUUGGUAAAUACAGGGUGUUAUCUUCAUUUCCUUCAGCACUGCAAAGAUGUGGACAAACACUUCAGGAGCAAAUUAUAGAUAAGCAGUGCUGGCUAACUCUAGAUAGCAAGCAUUUGUUGGGCCUUACAGACAGACUGAUAAAAAUACAUGCAAUGAUUAUAAAUAAAUAAGUGUUCUUAAGCAACUUCCAUCUGUUCAGGUUAAUAAAUUUCAACCUGAGAUUUAUUUAGAUUCGAGUUAAUGCAGUUAAUUCUAAUAAAUCCUAUUUAGAACAUUUUUUAGAAGAAUAACUGCUUAGGGAGAAGGUGGUGUUGGAUAGCAGGAUUUUGACUCGGGUCUUCUUUGAUUCCACUGCUUGCCCUAUAUACAAUAAGCUACAUUCAUUGAACAGAAUACUCAAAUCUGAUCUUAUUUUGGAUGUUUCUUCCAACUAUACAGAUCAAAACCCAUUUUAUGUGAUUCUUGUCCAUGUCCAUCAUGAGUUUGCCACCUGGAUGGGGUAGAAUCUACCCCUAAGUUUGCCAGUAGAAGCAUCAGCCAUCCACUGUGUUGGACACAAUUAUAGAUGAAUGUCAUUUGAGUCAUAGAGUUGCAUGAAUAAAGUGAAAAAUUUUCCAGGGUCCCUCUAGAAUCCUUUCAUGCUUUCCACACUUUAUGCUGCAAAUGGAAUAACUUUUUGGACUGAAAUCCAUUUUUAUAAAAAACAUGUGUUUGUUUCUAGGGCUAGGGGGAAGAGGGAGGCCAUGUUUUCUGGAUGAAAAGAAUUCCUCCCACAGAAUAAAGACAUAUGCAUGUAAA